AUGAGUCUGCGCGAGCGAGUUCCGCCGCAGUACCAGAACGGUGACGCCGCCCGGCGCGCCCCCGGGGAUGAUUCGGACGUUGAGGAGGAGGCAAUGGCGAACGACUACCGGGAGCAGGUGCAAUAUGACGGCAUGGAGGAUCUUGACCGGAUGCCGUCAAUCAACAGCAACCAGGAUAUUCACGCCCAGCUGCAGGCCGCCGCGACCCCCCUCGAAUUCCAAGCGACGCUAGAGACCAAGUUUGCGAGUUACGACAGCUACUGCAAUCUCUUCCACUACAUCCUCAACUCCGAGGGCCCUGUCGAUUUGGAAGUGCCAAACUACUACUGGGCCUGGGAUGUCAUCGACGAGUUCAUCUACCAGUUCAACAGCUUCUGUAGCUACCGCCAGCGAGUGGCCCAGAAGAGCGAUAAUGAGGAGGAGAUUGCGCUUCUGCGCGACAACCCAAACACAUGGGGCUGCUACAGUGUGCUCAACGUUUUGUAUUCGCUCAUUCAGCGGUCACAGAUCAGCGAGCAGCUGGCGGCCAUGAAGCGGGGCGAGGACGCGAGCCUGUAUGCAGGAGAGUACGGCAACCGGCCGCUGUACAAGAUGCUGGGAUACUUCUCCAUCAUCGGUCUGCUCCGGGUCCACUGUCUGCUCGGAGACUUUAGUCUGGCGCUCAAGACGCUCGACGACAUCGAGCUCAACAAGAAGGCCAUGUUCGCGCGUGUCAUGGCGGCUCACUUCACCACCUACUACUACGUCGGAUUCUCCUACAUGAUGAUGCGACGGUACUCGGAUGCCAUCCGCAUGUUCAGCCACAUCCUCGUCUACGUCUCGCGGACAAAGAACUUCCAGAAGAACGCCCAGUACGACUCCAUCACCAAGAAGAAUGACCAGAUGUACGCACUUGUCGCCAUCUGCGUGGCUUUCCAGCCCACCAGGCUCGACGACACCAUCCACACCGCUCUAAGGGAGAAGUACGGCGAGCAGUUUAACAGACUGCAGCGCGGUGGUCCCGACUCCCUUCCCCUGUUCGAGGAGCUCUUCCGUACCGCUUGCCCCAAGUUCAUCAGCCCAACCCCUCCCGACUUUGACAACCCAGAGGUCAACAUCGACCCUGUUGAGCACCACCUCCGCAUCUUCAUGGACGAGGUCAAGAACAACAUGAUGUCGCCUACCGUCAAGAGUUACCUCAAGCUCUACACCACCAUGGACCUCAAGAAGCUCGCUGGUUUCCUCGAAGUUGAGCCCGAGAAGCUGAGGUGCUGGUUGCUCGUCAACAAGCAGAGGAGUAGGCAAAUAAGGUGGACCGAGGGUGGUCUGUUGGAUGGUGAUAUCAUCCAGGCUAGCGAUCUCGACUACGCCAUGGAGGGUGACCUCAUCCAUGUUUCAGAGGCAAAGGUAGGCCGGAGACUUGUGGACUGGUACCUCCGCAACUUGGCCAGGACGUAUUAGGGCACCACGGGGGUUUAUUUGACCAACAUUUUGCAUUCGGGACCUAUACAAUAUAGCAUUGCGGCUUGGAGUUAGGAGGACCUAUGGCGUGCAUUCGAAAAGCAAUUUCUGCGACAUCAGGGGCGCGUACGGGCAGUGGAAAGGCGGAUACAGUCAAGGAUCGUAGGG